UUUUUUCGCUUCUCUGGAUCGUGUUCCUUUCGAGGUCCGCGAAGAUGCAGCUCAAACCAAUGGAGAUUAACCCCGAGAUGCUGAACAAAGUGCUGACCCGGCUGGGGGUCGCCGGCCAGUGGCGCUUCGAGGAUGUACUGGGACUGGAGGAGGAGUCUCUGGGCUCGGUGCCAGCGCCGGCCUGUGCGCUGCUGCUGCUCUUUCCGCUCACGGCGCAGCAUGAGAACUUCAGGAAAAAACAAAUUGAAGAGCUGAAGGGACAAGAAGUCAGUCCCAAGGUGUACUUCAUGAAGCAGACCAUUGGCAACUCCUGUGGAACCAUCGGACUCAUUCAUGCAGUGGCCAAUAAUCAGGACAAACUGGAGUUCGAGGAUGGGUCCGUUCUGAAACAGUUUCUUUCUGAAACAGAGAAGUUGUCCCCUGAAGACAGAGCAAAGUGCUUUGAAAAGAAUGAGGCCAUUCAGGCAGCCCACGAUGCUGUGGCACAGGAAGGCCAAUGUCGGGUAGAUGACAAAGUGAACUUCCAUUUUAUUCUGUUUAACAACGUGGAUGGCCACCUCUAUGAACUUGAUGGACGGAUGCCUUUUCCGGUGAACCAUGGCACCAGCUCAGAGGACUCGCUGCUGCAGGACGCUGCCAAGGUCUGCAGAGAAUUCACUGAGCGUGAGCAGGGGGAGGUUCGCUUCUCCGCUGUGGCCCUCUGCAAGGCAGCCUAAUGCCCCAUGGGGCACUUUGCUUCUCCCCCUCUUCCCUUCAUUGUGAAAGUAUAUCCCCCCCCCCCCCC